AUGACCAAAAUAUAUCCAGGUGAAAGCUUAAACAUAAGCUAUCUGAGCCCUUAUCUGAAGGCAUUGGGUUCUAAUUACAGUAACGGAGUGAAUUUUGCUAUUAGCGGUUCAACAACACUACCACGGGACGCCCUUUUUGUAUUGCAUGGACAGGUGCAGGAAUUCUUCUUCUUUAAAGCCAGAUCUUCCCUCUAUAAAAAAAAGAACGAAACGAAGGAAAACAUUUCCAAUUUGAAGAUUGACUCCGCGAUGAUGAUAGUGACCACCCUAAUGAGCGCCAAUGACGCCGCCAUCCACCCACAUUUCCAAUUUCAGUUUCUAUUCCAGUCGCCACAGCCGAGUGCCCGUCUAAUGGUUUAUCCUCCAGUUGACAGGGGUCUCUGCCUUCGCUUCCUCGCUAGCUUUUUUGGCUAUCAGUAG